AUGAAUACCAGAAGCUCCGAUUCAGAAGCUGGGCAUGGGCCUGAAGGUCAGUAUGGUGCCUAUCAUGUUGGCGAGCUGGUGACGAAAACCAUUCGGCACGGACUCUCACUUGACCCGAAAUGUGCACUCUACGUGCAAGACAAGUUGGAAUAUGCCUUGAUCGAAGGGCUCCACGAGCUCUACAACAGCCGGAGCCGGGAGCACCUUGACCACAUUCUCGAUGUGGCGCGAAUGAUUGACGAGUACUUCCUGCAGGGCUGGCUUACUUGCGUUCAACGACACCCUUCCCUCCAGAGAACGAGGCUGUCUUACCUCCGAAUCGCCAUUCGAGACGGCAACGAGAAUUGCGAAAACUCACGCAGCAGCUUCCGCGUCGAACUGCGUGACGACGACAUCGGAUCGCUUCCUAUCGUCGAUAUCGACAUCGACUCGGCAGGCAGAUGGACCAUUACGCAGACUAUCGAGAUGCUGAUCCACGAGAUGGUCCACGGAUACUUGUUGCUGUUUUCGUGCCGAGGCGGCUUCUCGCAGGAGUUUGGGGACUGCGGUUGGCAAUCACUCGACAGAAGAGGCCGGCACGGACAUUUUGUCCGCAUGCUUAUGAGGCACAUUUUCGACACUAUUCAGGAAUGGAAUGACAUAUUGGGCUGCUUUGGAGAGGACUUUAUCGGCAGAUGCAAUCAGGAAGACCAGGAAGACGCUUUAAUAUCUAUGAGAAACUUGUUCUUGUAA